ACACACCCUGUAAAGUGUGUGCACAUACACACAUGCAGAGGCAAGCUCAGAGCCAUAUCUCAUUACCAUUCUACUGAUAGUGCAGCCAGUGGGUGUUGCAAGAGGAGGAGAGAAGGAGAACAAGACAGUGAGCUUUAGAGAGGGACAGAGAGAGAGAGAGAGAGAGAGAGAGAGAGAAGGGGGGUGGGGGGACGAGGACAGGCAGGGAACCAGAGGCAGUGUUAAGGAGAAGGGAGAGCACGAGCACUCCUCAAAGAUAACAGGAAACACAGGAGAUACGUGUGGGAGCAGCGUAUCACUAAAAGAAAAGCAGAGACAGAGCAGGGGAUUCAGAGCGUGCAAGUCCAGCGUGCCUGUAGGUCUGUCUGUGUUCCAGCUCGGUGCGUUUCCACGGAUCUCCUGAGGCCGUGGCAGCCAUGGCGUCAGACCCUAGCACCCAGUCCAGGGUGAUGUUCCAGGCAACAGACAAAGCAGAGGAGCCGGCACACCGCAAACUUGGCAAGCUGACAGUCAAAUACAACCGCAAGGACCUGCAGAAGAGGCUGGAUAUUGAGGAGUGGAUCGACGGGCAGCUGCACCUGCUGUUUGACUGUGAGGAAGAAGAGAUCCCAGAGUUAGAAAUCGACAUAGACGAGCUCCUGGAGCUGUCGGAUGAGGGGCAAAGAACCCGGCUGGAGGAGUUGUUGCACGAAUGCGGGAAGCCAAAAGAGGAUUUUAUCAACGGGCUGCUCUACAGGAUAAAGGGUCUACGUAAAAUGUCAGGUCCACUGAAGAAAUAAUUGUAGGUCAAAUUAAGAAUCGAGACAAUGUGGAGCCGCUCAUCUUCGUCGCCCCACACAUUAACCAUUUGGAUGCCUGUAGGUGUGGAUCAGAGGGACUAUAUUCCUGUCCCCUGCCUCCUCUUCCUCCUCCUGCUGGGUCAUCAUCAAUGUAACACCAGAGCUGUGGGGUUUUGAAUUGAAUUUAUUAUUUUUUUUAUUAAUGUUGUUAUUUCAAAUUCAUUUAUGGACUGCUUCAACGUUUCCCAAUACCAUACCAAUAACGUACACGUGAUAAAAGCUGUACUGACUAUUACUCAGACGGACUGUUUUUGUGUAAGACUGUACAUUUUUAGUUGCUUAUUUAUGUACAUAAAUAUUUUUGUUCAGAUAACAGUGUUGUCAAAAUAAAAAAAAUUAAAAAUAAAAACAUUUCAACAUUUUCAAGACAAUGCUCACAUCUGAUUUUUAACAAAGUGAUACACCAAUAUCCUUCAUCAGGUAUUAUCAUUUCCACUCAUUCAAAUAAAUAUUGGCGUGUACAUUACACUAAUUGGUUUACAGUACCAGUUAAACUACCCUGAGCUCACAACUGCUCAGAAACACAGAUAAUGAUUUUGCCCUACUGUCUAUAGACAACUUUCCUACAGAACAGCAGUCAGCAUUUUAUUCCCAAAACAUAAGGUAGUGUUUUCAGGCAUUUUCAACAGA